AUGGCGCAGGUGGAUUCAGAAGAUACGGAAAAGGAAAAUUUGGAUGGUGAAUUUGAUGAGAUAAAUAGAUUUGAACAUGCUGGACUGGUGGCAAUAGACAAAGCAUGUAGUCAGCUCUAUCCAGACCAACCUUGUCCUUUACAAGCUACAGCUUUUGUGAAAUUUUGGCUUGGAGGACCAGAUCCACUUGAUUAUAUAAGUAUGUAUUCCAAUAAUGGAGACCAUGACCGGAACAUACCACCUCAUUGGCAUUAUAUCACUUUUGGCUUUAGUGAUUUACAUGGAGAUGAUAGAGUUCACUCAUUUUCUGGGCCUGGAGAACUGAGUGGAUUUGGUUUUGAAUUAACUCUGCGACUGAAGAAAGAAGAAAAUGAAACCAGCCCACCAAUGUGGCCUGCAAGUCUUCUUAAUAAGUUGGCAAAUUAUGUCUUUCAAACAGGGAAUAUUCUUGAUGUGGGUGAUCACAUUCCCUGGCAUAAAUCUCUUGAUGAAGACCCAGAAAGCAAGAGCAUUAUUCGACAUAUGCUGAUAACUGAAGAUCCUGAAUUGACUCUCUUAGAUACACCCCAUGGAUCCUUAGAGUUCAGACAGGUGAUUGGUGUGACAGAUGAUGAAGUGAAGGCAGCUCAACAUUGGCAAGGUUCUGGCAUUCUGGAACUCUUGAAAAAUUCUUCAGCAGUUGGGCCUUAUUAUAUAACAGAUCUUUACCGUGAAAAAUCACUCUUUGAAUUGGACCCAGAGUUAAUCCAACUUGUGUCUGAUGGUAUUCGGAAAGAUGGCUCAAAUUUAGGUCAUGUGACUGCAGUGUGUACUUGGAAUGAAAUAAAAAAGGAUGACAAGGAACAAUCUACAGCUGAAAAAGAAUCACCAGAGAAAGAGAAAAAAGAAUCACCAGAGAAAGAGGAAAAAGAAUCACCAGAGAAAGAGAAUCCAGAUAAUGAAUCAUUCUCCAAUGAAACCAAGACAGAACAGAGUGAGAAGUCAUUAAAUACGAAACCUGAAGAAGAGCAAGAAAUAGGAGAUGAAGAGCAACAGGAUGGUGAUGAUGCUGACUCUAACCAACCAGCAAGAAGCAUUGAUGCAGUUGAAAUUCUAUUUGACUUGGAAGCAGCCGAGCUCUUGCCUGUUGUCAUCAAGGGCCGUUUGAAGAAAGGCCGAUUUUUCGUGUUUCACAGUGCCGACAACCAUGCAAUCCACCUUGUGCCAACUCUUAACUCACCACAGGAAGUAAUUUUCGUAUCAGAAGAAGAACCAGUAAAAGCUGAAGGAACAUAUCUGCAGAUCUACUGCUCCCCUGUUUUUAUUGACAAAAUGGCUGAUCAGGUUUGCAUAUUUGAACAUUUAGAUGCAGGUGUUCCUGAAUUGCCAAUAAUUUUUGAGUUUGAUGAGCCAAACAUUGUCAUUACUGUAACAAACCAAAUUUUCCUGGAGGCACCACAAGAGGAAACUGAAGAUUACUUGGAAGAAGAAGAAGAAGAACAGAAAGAUAAAGAUCUUGAAGAACAGCUGCAUAAUUCAGAAGCAGAAAAUGAUUCUUAG